CCGGAGCCUCAGACCCUGCGUCGGGAGCGCGGCCGCGGGCCCCGAACUGGCGGAGGCGCCGCUCGCGGAGGCUGCGGGCGACCAGAAGCGAACCCCGACGGCGGCCGGGAUGGCGCCCGCAGCUUCCCCCGCCGCUCGCUCCCCAGCACCGUCCCGGGUCGGCGGCCACCGGCCCCGGCGGCCCCUCCGACCGCCCGCACGCACCCCGCUCUCUGGGAACGCCGUCGGCCGCCUGCCCCACCGUCGCCGCUGCCCCUGCGGACAAGGAUUCGGGCACGGCGGGCGAACCGACUCGGCCCGGCCCACACGUUCCCGCCAGCGCCGCCGGGCGCCCGCUCCAGACCCCGCGGGCGGCGCGCGCUACCUGCUGCAGGUACUGGUUGAUGGUGAUGUGCGCCAUGGCCGCUCUCUCCGCCGGAAGUGGGCGGGGCCGCGCGCCCGGCCUCGGCAGCCGCACUUCCGGCCCGAAGUCCGUCCCUUCCCGCGUGUCCCCCGCCCCGCCUUCUCCGCACGCGGGUUCCGGAGGAAAAGAGUCCGCCGGAGCGUGCGCCCGGGGCCGGCAUGGCGGCGCGCCCAGGCUGAGGAAGGCUGGGCCCUGCGCUGCGAUUCGCCGCCGUCCCUCCGCGGGGACGCCUCGUUCGCGCCUCUCGGGAGCUCGGCUCGCCCCUCGCCCCGACCCCUGACCGGGCCUGCGCCCCGCCGCCGCCGCCCACCCCCUCGACCGUUGCCAGGGCCCCACGGAGCGCCGCGGCCCGGGGCGGCGUCGGGGUCAGACCGGGGCCGGGGUCGCGCCGGGCCGCGGGGCGGCGGUUGGGCGGCCGGGGCGGCGCUGACGGAGGCCCGCCCGCCCGCGCGGCCGGGGAGGCGGGACGGGGCGGGGCGCGCGCUGCUUCUCGGCCGCCGCCAUGGCCGACGAGACCCCCAGGAAGGGCGCCCUGUCGGCGCUCGUCGGACACACCAACGGCCUCACGAAGCCCGCGUCCCUCGCCGCGGCCGCCGUGUCCUCCAAGCCCGGCGGCGGCGGCUCCAAGAAACUAGUCAUCAAGAAUUUCCGAGACCGAGGCUGCCCGACAACUACACGCGGGACACCUGGCAGCAGCUGCACGAGGCCGUGAGGGCCAUCCAGAGCCGCACGUCCAUCCGCUACAACCUGGAGGAGCUCUACCAGGCUGUUGAAAAUCUCUGUUCUCACAAAGUUUCCCCAACGCUGUACAAGCAGCUGCGCCAGGUCUGUGAAGAUCACGUCCAAGCACAGAUCCUCCAGUUCAGAGAAGACUCACUAGAUAGUGUUUUAUUUUUAAAGAAGAUUAACACGUGCUGGCAGGAUCAUUGCAGACAGAUGAUCAUGAUCAGAAGUAUUUUCCUGUUUCUGGACCGCACAUACGUCCUUCAGAAUUCCAUGCUUCCUUCUAUCUGGGACAUGGGAUUGGAACUCUUUAGAAACCAUAUCAUUAGCGACAAGAUGGUUCAGAGUAAAAGUAUCGAUGGAAUUCUGCUCUUAAUUGAACGAGAGAGGAACGGCGAGGCGGUGGACCGCAGCCUGCUGAGAAGUCUGCUGAGUAUGCUGUCUGACCUGCAGGUAUAUAAAGAUUCAUUUGAACUGAAAUUUUUGGAAGAAACUAAUUGUUUAUAUGCUGCAGAAGGCCAGAGAUUAAUGCAAGAAAGAGAGGUUCCAGAGUAUCUUAACCAUGUAAGUAAGCGCUUAGAGGAAGAAGGAGACCGAGUGAUCACGUAUUUAGACCACAGCACACAGAAGCCGCUCAUCGCUUGUGUGGAGAAGCAGCUGUUAGGAGAACAUUUAACAGCAAUUCUGCACAAAGGGCUGGACCACCUGCUUGACGAGAACAGAGUGCCCGACCUCACUCAGAUGUACCAGCUCUUUAGCCGUGUGAAGGGCGGCCAGCAGGUCCUGCUGCAGCACUGGAGCGACUACAUCAAGACUUUUGGGACAACAAUCGUGAUCAAUCCUGAGAAAGACAAAGAUAUGGUACAGGAUCUGCUGGGUUUUAAGGACCGGGUAGACCACGUGAUAGAGGUGUGCUUCCAGAGGAACGAGAAGUUCAUCAACCUGAUGAAGGAGUCCUUCGAAACGUUCAUCAACAAGAGGCCAAACAAGCCCGCGGAGCUGAUAGCAAAGCAUGUUGAUUCAAAACUGAGAGCGGGUAACAAAGAAGCCACGGACGAGGAGCUGGAGAGGAUUCUUGACAAGGUCAUGAUCAUAUUCAGGUUCAUCCACGGGAAAGAUGUCUUUGAAGCAUUUUAUAAAAAAGAUUUGGCAAAAAGACUUCUUGUUGGGAAAAGUGCCUCAGUAGAUGCUGAGAAAUCGAUGUUGUCCAAGCUAAAGCAUGAGUGCGGCGCCGCUUUCACCAGCAAGCUGGAAGGCAUGUUCAAGGACAUGGAGCUCUCCAAGGACAUCAUGGUCCAGUUUAAGCAGUACAUGCAGAACCAGAGCGAGCCAGGCUCCAUAGAUCUGACCGUGAACAUACUUACGAUGGGCUACUGGCCAACGUACACGCCCAUGGAGGUGCAUUUGACGCCAGAGAUGGUUAAACUUCAGGAAGUAUUUAAGACGUUUUAUCUCGGAAAGCACAGUGGCCGGAAACUUCAGUGGCAGACGACACUGGGACAUGCUGUUCUCAAAGCAGAGUUUAAGGAAGGAAAGAAGGAGUUCCAGGUGUCCCUCUUCCAGACGCUGGUGCUUCUCAUGUUCAACGAAGGGGAUGCGUUCAGCUUUGAAGAAAUAAAAAUGGCCACGGGGAUAGAGGACAGCGAGCUGCGAAGGACGUUACAGUCCCUGGCGUGUGGCAAAGCACGAGUUCUGAUUAAAAGUCCCAAAGGCAAGGAGGUGGAAGAUGGGGACACGUUCACGUUCAACGGGGAUUUCAAGCACAAGUUGUUCCGGAUAAAGAUCAACCAGAUCCAGAUGAAGGAAACCGUGGAGGAGCAGGUCAGCACCACGGAGCGUGUGUUCCAGGACAGACAGUAUCAGAUCGAUGCGGCUAUCGUCAGGAUAAUGAAGAUGAGGAAGACUCUCGGUCAUAACCUUCUAGUUUCUGAAUUGUACAAUCAGCUGAAAUUUCCAGUAAAGCCUGGAGAUUUGAAAAAGAGAAUUGAAUCUCUUAUAGACAGAGACUAUAUGGAGAGAGACAAGGACAAUCCGAAUCAGUACCACUAUGUGGCCUGACGUGUUUUUCUCUCAGCAAGACACUAGAAUGUACCUUCAGAGCAGUGACGCGCUGCCGUGCUGUUUCCAGGACUUCUGACGUGGAGCCAGCACGGAGACUCUGGGAUUCGAAGGAAAAGAGAUGAUUCUCGGGUUGCCCUUUACAAAGUUCAUGGGUUUGCAAACGACAUAUGUAACUUUCCCUCCAGUUCUCCUCUUACCCUCUCGGUGUUCAAAUCGUUUCUGUUGCUCGGAUGCAGAUUGAGUUUGCGAUUGGACGAGAAGAUGUUGGUUAGAAGAGUUUCCUUUGUGAGAUGUUGCUCUUGAGGCAGGAAGCUGAAGGUUUGGCUUGGCCUGUGUGCGUGUGUGCGUGUGUGUGUGCGUGAUCACGAAUGCACAGCGCAGAGACUCUCCGGGCUGCAUUUGCGGGCUGCGGGGGGCUCAGGCGGACUCCUGAAGGCAGGCUCUUGCGGUUGGCAGGACGCCUAGUUAGAAGCGAGAGCCCUGCGUGGGCGAGCAUUAGGAGGAAGCGGUCGGUGUCAGACACUGGCUCAUCGAUUAUGCAACCCAAAACUGGCAUCUGUUUGUUUCCUGUAUCUUCCACACGUCUUCGCUCUGAUGACUGACUAGAGCGAGGUUUCUCCGUGAGACUUCUCUCGUGUGCCAGGACAGCACCAGGCCGGGCGUGUCUGCCGCGGGAGCCGCGCGCGUCUUUGUUCUUCUUCCACUGAGUUGUUGUGAAUUUUCUGUUCAGGGGCUUGGGGGACGUUGUUUGUGUGUGUGCAGAUUGCGUCGAGCAGCCCCUGUUUUUGCGUCGGGGGAGCUGCUGUUUGAUUUAAUUGCUCGAAUAAAGUUUGGUUUCACUGCCCUGCACGGGGAUGGCCGUCGCGCUCUGUGCUGGGGCCACUGUAAAGUUUUCCAGGAGACUUCAAGUCUUGCUAUUGGAAGCAGAGGUUAUUUUGACAAAAGAUUAAAAGGAUUUUGUUGGCACCUGGUUUCAUGUUGUGUGUAUAUAGGUGAGGCUGAGCAGGGGACAACGAUAUUAGUGCCGUAACUGUAACAAAGAUACUUUUCUGGUAACAUUUAAAAGUACUUUAUAUUUUACAUAAUAGCAUGUUUCAUUUUGAUUAAAAGCUACCAAAGGAAUUUUGAUCAUGGUAUAAGUGUUUAAAGCAAUAUUUUCUGGGAUAUACCAAGUUUAUAUAAUUUAAUUUUGUGCUAAAUAAUUAAAAAUUUCUCCCUUUUUGAAACAUGCGUGUUUAAAAUACGACAUCUUAUGAGUUUCCAUGUGAAAAUCCUCACUCUUGAAGUAUCAUUAUUUCUAUAUUUGUAAAUUUUCAUUUGUCUGUUCUAUACUGCAUGGUCUGUAAGAGACCAGAUAGAUUUCUACUUCUUAAAUUUUACGUUCAUUGUCUCUAGAAAUUGUUAAUCUUGUAAUUUAAUGUAGACUUAACUCUGAAUAAAAUUAGUUUAAUUGGCCUUAAAAUUACAUUAAUAAAACUUGCGGUAUGCAAACGA